GUCGUAUUUUGCAACGAAUGGUGUUGCAGAGUUCAGCAGUGGAGCUACCGGAACCUAGUGCGCAUGCGUGCACUCUUCCCACAGCAGGUAAACUCCACCAUGGCGGCGAGAGGCCAUGUGCAAGACCCCAAUGACCGGAGACUCAGACCCAUAUAUGAUUACCUUGAUAAUGGCAACAACAAGAUGGCCAUACAGCAGGCUGAUAAACUGCUGAAGAAACACAAAGACCUGCACUGUGCUAAGGUGUUAAAGGCCAUCGGCCUCCAGAGGACAGGAAAGCAGGAUGAAGCCUUCUCGUUGGCCCAGGAGGUCACCUCUCUGGAACCCACCGACGACAACUCUUUACAAGCCCUCACCAUCCUCUACAGAGAGAUGCAUCGCCCCGAGUUGGUCACCAAGCUCUACGAAGCUGCCGUCAAGAAGGUUCCGCUGAGCGAGGAGUACCACUCGCACCUUUUCAUGGCGUACGCUCGCAUCGGGGAGUACAAGAAGAUGCAGCAGGCGGGAAUGGCCUUGUAUAAAAUUGUUCCCAAGAAUCCGUACUACUUCUGGUCUGUGAUGAGUCUGGUAAUGCAGGCCAUCUCAGCACAAGAUGAAAAGCUUUCUCAAACCAUGUUCCUGCCACUGGCCGAGCGCAUGGUGGAGAAGAUGGUCAAAGAGGACAAGAUUGAAGCAGAAGCUGAGGUGCAGCUGUACUUUAUGAUCCUGGAGCGUUUGGGAAAGUGCGAGGAGGCUCUGGAUGUUAUCAAGGGGCCACUAGGAGAGAAGCUGACCAGCGAGCUUCAGAGUCGAGAGAGCAAGUGUAUGAUGCUCUACAGGCGACUGCAGCGCUGGCCUGAGUGCAACGCUCUGGCCCACAAGCUGCUGCUGAAAAAUCCUGAUGAUUGGCAGUUUUACCUGGCCUACUUUGAUUCGCUCUUUCACCUCAUGGAUCAGUCGUGGAGUCCGUCAGACGAGGGAGAACACUGUUCCGAAGGCGCGGUGCAUUACACGGUGAAUGAUGUGGUGCGGUUUGUGGAGGAUCGCAUCAAGGGCGAGGAGGGCAAAGACUCCCGCUCCCUGCGGGGUCCUUUCUUGGCCCGUCUGGAGCUGAUGCACAGGCUGAGAGAGAGGGGCUGCCCCGAAGAAAGCCUGCUGGGCGAUCCUCUAGAGCUGAUGGUGCAGUUUUUUGGCAAGUAUGGAGACAAGCCUUGCUGCAUCACGGACCUGAGCAUUUACCUCCACCUGCUCUCUAAUGACCAGCAUGUGCAGUUCAUCAACCGACUGAGCGAGGCCGCCCCACUUGGCCAGCCCGGCCCCGAGGGCUUCGCCUUCCCCGACGACACCAAAGCGCUGCAGAGACAUUUGUGCCUGUGUCAGCUGAGCCGAGCGCUCGGCCUUCACCACGCGCUCGACGCCGCCGGAAAGCUGCGACUCAUCACGGAGCUGAAGGCGCAUUAUCGCCACGGUCUCAAGUUUGGCAAGAACGCUCUGAAGACGGAGCUCCAGUUUUCUGACAUGUAUUGUCUGAUGGCGGCUCACGUCUACGUGGACCUGUGGACAGAAAGCAGGGACGAGGACAUGGUGUGGCAGUGUUUGGGCCUCCUGCAGGAGGGCUUGUCCAACAGUCCCUCCAAUGCUCAGUUCAAGCUGCUGUUGCUGCUCCUCUACUGUCGCCUCGGCGCCUUCGAGCCUGUGGUGGACCUCUACGCCAGCCUGGACGCCAAGCACGUGCAGCACGACACCAUCGGGUUUCUCCUGACGCGUUACGCCGAGUCAUUGGGACAGUUUGCCGCUGCAUCCCAAGCCUGCAACUUCUCUCUCAGGUUUUUCCACUCCAACCAGAAAGAUACCUCAGAGUACAUCAUCCAGGCGUACAAAUACGGCGCCUUUGAGAAGAUCCCGGAGUUCAUCGCCCUCAGGAACAGGUUGAACCAGUCGCUGCACUUCGCCCAGGUCCGCACAGAGAGGAUGCUGCUGGAUUUGUUCCUGGAGGCCGACAUUGUGUUGAGUCUGGAGGAGAGUGUGAAGGCCAUGUGUUUGUCUGCAGAGGAGGAUGACAUUCCCUGGGACAACAUGAGGGACAACAGAGACCUCACAGUUUUCACCUGCUGGGACCCCAAAGAGCGGCGGUUGAAUGAUGAGCACCGGCAGCGUUCCCUGGAGGAAGAGUGCGUCUGGCUGAGGAUACGCUCUCUCACGCUGCGCCUCCUCGCCGCAAUGGCGGCACUGGGACACAAACCCUCGCCACAAAACUCCGAGCUGGCCACUGAGAACGGCGUGGGGGACAAGGUGUCGAGCCUGGGUGGCCUCCUGGCGCAGCUCAACCAGACGUUGCAGACAGCCGCUCAGCUGGCAGAGAGAUGCACGCAGUAUCCCUUCCUGGGACCCCCCUCUACCCGUCUGGCCACCGCCCUGUCCAGCGGAAGCUGCCAAUGUCAGGCGGCGGCACUCCAGCUGUCGGCCCACAUACACGAGUUGGACGGCGCGGGAAUCGACGAGUCGUCAGAGCUCCAAACACAGAUGUGCAACACCUUCAAGUCACUAGCUGUUCAACUACAAGAAAUGCUGACAAAAUGCAAAGGAGAUUUACUGGAAAUGAAAGAAGGCAAAUUAAAAACGAGGCCACCUUUAUUAGAAAACCUCAUCUUUUUCGUGGAGACGGUGUGCGUUGUCUUUUGGGUUGCUAGCUACUGUGCUAAGAUCCUGCGGCCACUCAAGACCAGCCUACAGAAGAAGAAGAAGAAGAAAAAGGAUGCGAGCAUUGUUCAGCCGGCAGUCAUGUGCGGCUUCCAGGAGCUGACGGCGAGCUUGCAGGACCUGCUGGCCCAGGCCUUGGAGCACAUAAAAGGACAGGAAGUUGUAAUAACGGCCAUCAAAAUGUCCACUUUAAGCUUGGAAGGAUCCACACAGGAGGAAUGGUCGUUUACGAAGGCUGCUAUGGACAAGCUGCAGAGCAGUCACCUGCGCUCGCUGCAGGAGGCGGGAGAUUUGCUCAAGAAGAGGGUGGAAACGCUAAAGAACCUCAAGAUCUGAACGUCAUCACGUUCACCUCCCCUAAACUCCCCAGUGAUGACCCCCCCUCCCCCCCCACCUGGAUUCUGUUUGUCCUGUCAGCACAUUUCUGGAACAGUUUCAACUCGCUUACACCUAUCAUGAACUCGUACUGCAACGUGAGACUUUCAGAUGCUAAUUAGGCCCUUUUAGACAAACUAGUAAAUUAUUGUACAUAGCUAAGAGCAAGCCAAUAUAAAAUACAAUAAACCACUAUGCUUUUUGUCGGUUAGUCACCUUCAUCAGACUGAAGAUUCCGUUGGACGUUUAUUUAGUUCGUGUUUUUGUUCACCUUUUGUGUGUCAGUAUUAUGAAGGAGUUGUGUUCAUUCAAUCGCAAGCAGGAUCCACUUCUUCCACUUCCUCCCGGCUGUGGCAAUGGUGUGGUCACGUGACAUCCUCAGCAACCAGCAGAUUGUUUUCGGUCUGGAAAACAAUCCUCAAACCGUGUUUUUGUUUGCUGCACCAUUUUAAAAUGACAGAUGCAGCAUUUUUUUAACAUGAGCUGCUUGUGUGUGCGUGCGUGUUUGUGUGUGUGUGUGUGUGUGUGUGUGUAGUCUAUGGGUGGGCCCUGAUGGCACUGAGGUUUAUGCCCUCCCAUCAUCUGUGCAGUGUCCACACUUCCUGUCUCACACAAACAUACUUUGGACCUAAUUGUAAAUAAUGCAGGACGCUGCCGUUCCGAGGGUGUGUGCGUGUGUGUGUGUGUGUGUGUGUGAAGGUUGCUGUAGUAGAUUCUGUUAGAGCUGUGCUGUGUUUGCGUUCCAUCAUUUGCUCUCACCUCCGAAUCAGUCAAUCCAAACUCCUGACACAUGUCAGCAUAUUGACCUGUAAGAUGGACGUUUAGAACACAACCAGCUGUUACACUACAUUGACCUUAUCUCUCCACAGAACAAUGUCCAACAAAUAAAGAAUUUGAAUGGAGUUUAUUUGACACCCCCCAACCCCACCCCAAAAAAAUGUAUUGUGGCAGCACCCUGAAGUUUGAUGGAAUGAGACAAAUCUAGUUUUAUGGUGAAAGAGAGCUGUUUUAUUCAAUGAAUACAAUGAAAUAUACUGGAAGUAUAUCUGUUCAUCUGAAUGGCUGCAAAGUGUUGAUGGGGUUUAAGCGCUAUGAUUGACAAUCUGGAGUGUCAUCUCAUCAUCAUCUUUUGUUAGAAAAUGGGAAAACAGAAACACUGGAAUGUCAAAGCUUUUUUAAAAAAAUAAAACGGUAA